GGUUUUACACACGCACUCCUCUCUCUCUCUCUCUCGCUUGCUUCCGUUUCUCUCGUUUACCAGCACAAGAAUGACUCAACAAUCGCAGGAGGAGUUAUUGGCCCACCAUCUUGAGCAACAGAAGAUUGGUGUAACCUCUCUUUCUCUCUCACGCAUUGGCAAAUAAAUAGAAGCCAAGGCUUGUGCGUGUUUUUGGAUUAUUGAAUUCGUAGUUUUCAUCGUGUUUCGGUUAAUUUUUCGAUUUGGUACUUAUUUUUGCUUGGUAAAGAAAAAUCCGUGUUAUUGGAGAUUCCAGUUUCUCUUCGAUUUAGGAUCUAGGGUUUUGGUGAUUUUGAGUGUUUCAAAUCAAUACAAGUUGGGUGUAGAGACUUAUUUAUUCGUUUGAGAAAUUGAUUAACGAAGUAAUUAAUCGCUGUGUAUUAUUUUUUCUCUGGUAUUCUGGGCAUGCUAUAUUAUAUAAUUCUACAUGUUCUGUCAUUUUUUAUAUUGGAUUUAGAAAACGGAGUCAUAUAUUUUCGUGUCAAUUGAGAAAAUGGAAAAUUUAACUUUAUUGCAUUUAUGGUUUUGCUUUCAGGCAUUAAGAUUGUGUGCAUCAGAAGUUAUAUGAAAUGAUCCCAUAAAUUAGUAUGUAUGGAGUUUGAAAUCUACUUCUUGUUUGCUGAAUGUGUGAUGCUUCUAGUUCCAUGUUCAAGAAUUGCUGGUAUCUAAUUUUGUGAUUGCAAGUAUUGUAAAUGUAAUUGACUAAGCCGUAGUUCCAUGACCGUCUUACAUGAAAGAAUGGAAAAAAGAACAUGUUCUGCUACUUGGUUGCUCAUUGUUAAAUUAUGCUUGCAGAAUGAUGAGCCUAUAAUUGAGGAUGAAGAAGAUGACGAUGAUGAUGAUGAAGAGGACGAUGAUGAUACUGAGGGACAAAUAGAUGCCAGCGGUAGAUCAAAGCAGAGCCGUAGUGAGAAGAAGAGUCGCAAGGCAAUGCUAAAGCUGGGAAUGAAGCCAAUCCCAGGGGUCAGCCGAGUCACUGUCAAGAAGAGCAAGAAUAUCCUGUUUAUCAUCUCAAAGCCAGAUGUGUUCAAGAGCCCGAACUCAGAUACCUAUGUCAUCUUUGGUGAGGCCAAGAUUGAGGAUUUGAGCUCACAAUUGCAAACUCAAGCUGCAGAGCAGUUCAAGGUUCCCGUUCCCAACAUUGGCCAAGCCACACCAAAGGCAGAGCCAGAAGCUGUAAUUCAAGAUGAUGAAGAUGUAGACGAGACUGGUGUGGAACCCAAGGACAUUGAGCUAGUCAUGACACAAGCUGGGGUUUCAAGGGUUAGGGCUGUCAAAGCUCUCAAGGAGGCCAAUGGAGACAUCGUCUCUGCUAUUAUGGAGCUCACAAACUAAACAAGGCCUCAUGCUUAGAUAUGUUUCCUUGUUGAGGGCCACCAUUUUCCUAUUAACCCUGUGAUAUCGAAUCAUUUAGGUUGAGCAGUCUGCUUCACUUUUCAGUUUUCUGUGUGUUGCAAUACAACUCUAGUAGAAUUGUGAUAACUAUGUUCUUAGUUUUGCAUCUGUGUCUGCUCUCAUCCUUUAGCCUUAUGAGAAAUAUGAUUAAGUUAUCCAUA